CCACCCCUCGCCCUAACCAUCCGCUUCAGCGCCUCAGUCCCAGACCUCGACCUCGACAUCCCCUACCCGUCCACCACAACCGUGAUCAGCCUGAAACACUUAAUCCGAUCACGGCUCACCGAGCCCAACUCCCAGCGCCGCCUACGCUUCAUCCAAGCCGGCAAGAUCCUCCCGGACGGCGCCGUCCUCUCGUCCGUCUUACGCGCUCCGUCCGCGCCUCCACCAUCCGAUGCCGACUACACCUCCAGUAGAGGGGGAUCAGGUGGAAAUGGAAGUGCAAAAGGAAAAGGCAAAGCCGUCCUGGGUCGCUUGCCGGCACUGCGCAUCUACGUAAACUGCAGCAUAGGUGACUCGCUGACCUCCGUCGAGCUCGAGGAAGAGGCUAGGGCGGCGGCUGAGGUACCGCCUACCACUACUACCGCCCACAAUCCUUCUCCCACAACUACGUCCUCGCUCGCCACAUCCCGCCCCGCAGGCGCAGCUUCCCUGUCCCCUCUCCACACCCCCGGCACGCCCAUCCGCUCCACAACAACGGCCCCCCGUGGUUUCGACCGCCUCCUCUCCGCCGGCUUCAGCACAGCCGAAGUGAACCAACUACGUCUGCAAUUCCGGUCAAUCCACAGCAGCCGAUUCACCCCCGAUACGCUACCAUCCCCCGAUUCGUUCCGGCGGAUGGAGGAUGCCUGGAUCGACGAUAACGGGGGUUCAAUGCCGACUAUGGGCUCCGGAGGGAGCGGAACGGCAACAACAGCAGGUGGGUUCGACAGCGAGGAUGUUGGGAUAGCGAGUCAUAUCGACGCGCUUAUAUGGGGCGUCAUGACGGGGUUCAUGUGGCCCCUGGGGAGUUUCGGGUGGUUGAUGCGCGAGCCGGGGUUACAUAGCGAUCGGUGGCGGUUUAUGGUUGGGGUGGGGUUUGUGUUUACGCUGUUGAUUGGGAUUGUGAGAGGGAUUUCGGGGGAU